CGAGAAAAUGGGGUUGGAAAUAACAUGGCGAUGAUUAUGUUGUGAUGUGAUUUUAGAUGUUUUGAAAAAUAAGUAUGUUAAAUGAUAAAUGCUUCUUAUCACAGAACUGAAGGGUGAUUCGGAGGCUAAAGGUCGUUCGUGAAAUUCGGGGAUAUGCGUGAGGGAAUCAAAACUAGUGUGAUUAAAUCAGUUGGUCAAAAUUGAAGUUAAAAAUCUGGAGAGUACAAAAACGUUUCUAGGGAAGGAAGCAUGGAUUGGAGAGGGGCCUCGCCUCGUCUUUAAUAGCAGUGGGGUGUCAUGCAGUCUGAGCUCUCUGGCCGGUACAUUAAUUCCGUUUCCGAUAUUUUAUACAGUCCAGACGAGAUCGAAUUUUUGCUUGAAGACAUCAGAGACCUGGAGCCCAUAAGUUACAAGCCUGACGAGAUUCAGGAUUUCGAGAUAGCGGGCAGCAGGACCGGGGCGCUGAGCGCCGAGUGUGGUACCCACGACGGCUGCGACGCCGACGGCGAGGACGAGGAGGAGCACGAAGAAGAAGAAGAGGAGGAGUGUGAAUCGCCCCUCGGCACCGUCAACUCAUGGGACUCGCACUCGCAUUACCGCAGGAUGGCCGGAUCCCCAGAUCUCUCCCUCUAUUCGGGGGUCAUUUUGUAUUGUGACUACGGCCAUUUGAAGACCCCCACUGGUUUCAUAAGGGUGCUACUUCUGGCAACAACAAUAGCUUGCUUAACUUGCCUCUGCACCUCGGGAACAGUGAAAGUUGGACUGUUCAUGCUUCCCAUGGUGGGAAGAAUAAGAAUGAUGAUGUUCGUUACUCUCUUAAGCAUCUUCAUCACCUGUUUACUUUUGUUCCUAGAUAUUUCGCAUACAGUAUAUCUGUUUCCCUUUAACUGGGGGAAAUUGAACACGUACAUUUAUGUAGGCCUGGGGGUGUUGUUCUUGAUAGCGUCAUCCUUAUUAUUUCACAUGGUGUUUCUAACCGAGGCUCUUUCGUGGGUGCCAAAGUGGAGCCAGCACCAACUUAUAGUUACUGGGAGUCUGGGCUACGUUUGUUGCCUGCAAUCCCUCCUCAUAUGCCUUGUUCAACAGCGCAAACCGAAGGUGACCUCCUAUGAGCCGGUAGGUGAAGAUCCGAGCCUCAACCUCCAGGAGCGCCAUCCAUCACCGUUGUUAGAAGGCAUAACAACGUCCCAACACAAAUCGUCAUCGAACAUGGUGAUGAUCGCGAAUCAAGCGCACAACAUAAAUUUCAGGGCAAUCAGGAAAACUAUUGUGGAAAUAGACGAUGUGCAACCAUGCUCGUCGAAAAGUGUCGAACCGGUCGGUAUUAAUACGGCAUGAUAGUUGCCGAACGUUUUUAGUGACUCUGAUGUUUGAAAUUGAUGCAGGAUUGUUCAGGUUUUGAAGGUAAAUGGUCCAGGUGAAGAAAAUAAUCUUGAAUAUUCUUGAAGUAAUGAACCUCCAUCCCGAGAUGCUAAAUCCGAGUUUUCUUACGAAAAUUUUGUAAGCAACAAUAGCUUUUACUAUCAUACUGUAGUUGCAGGUAAUUAACCCAAGCAACACUGAGUCGUAUAUGAUUUACUACCAUCCGAUACCUAAAAACUUCAAAAUGUCGACGACAUAUCCCAAUACUAUAGUAAAAUAAACGUUUAUUUUUGGCUUACUCCAGGUGUACAUUUUUGUUUCAACUUCAAUUAUAAAUAUCAGAUAAAAUGGCCGCCACAUAUACGUCGAGGAAUUUAAUAUUAUGUUUAUGUUAUUCACGUUUAACAAUAAGCUUUAUUACACGUUACUAAUAUACAAUUAUUAUUUCAUAAAAGUUAAAUGUUGAAGUAUAAUAUAUUGAUACUAUUUAAAGACGUUUACAAAAUGCGUUUAAUGGAAUGAGCUUCUAAACAAAUAUACUUACCAUCAACAAAACGUUGAAUAUUUAGUUAUAGAAAACCAGUAUCUUAAUCGUUAAGUUUAUUUAAACUUAAAUUGAGGUAUAUUAUACCGAGUGUCCUAGAACUCUAUCGAUAAACUUUACCGGGUGAUUCUCAACAAAAAGUAAGAAAUAAAAUUUAUUUGUGGAGAAAAGACUUUCCCUACUAACUUUUCAAUAUUAUAUUGACUCCACUUCAGAAUGGACUUUUUCCCU